AUGGGGAACGCACCUCCGCCUAUCAAGAUACCCCAAAGGAGCAUGACCACACCGAACUCAAGUUCGCCAUACACCCCUCCUUUACGAUCGCCUAAAUACCCUGGUCAAAAUACAUACCCGGAGCCUCCUGCAGAGUACGGAGAACCAGAGACCGUUGCAGCGGGUAAUCUGUUGGCACCCACUUCGUCACACGGUGACGAGCUGAAAUACAAAACCUUCAGUACCUAUGUACACCACAAUGUAUUCGCGGACUACUUUGCAGAACAAGAUGAAGAAGAGGGAGGGGAAGUACCAGGAGCGGGAGUGGGCGCAGGGGCUAUCAAAGAAGAGGACGAGGAUGAGUUAGAUAUGCCGAACUUUGAUGCUAUGCCAACAUCUGAGCCUGUGCACCGCCGUAACGAAAGUUUUGAGAAUUCCUUGUCAGCAGAGAAAAAGCCUGGUGGUGCAUACGCACCCUACAAGCCUACAGCACCAGCAGAAUACACGAAUCAGUUUGCGGAUGCUGGCUUUCAAUUUGACUUGCCAGGCGAUGGCAUGCAUAAUGGUCAUAAUGGCAAUUUCGACGGCUCGCAAAGAACUCCAUCCAUGGGAUCAUAUAACGCACACCCUAUCGGCAGCCCAGAAUCUCAAAAUCCGGACGCUCUUCCUGUUCAUCCAUCGCCAUAUCGCGCCGGUUUGGAUCAAGCGACUGGAGAUCGACCGGCACCAGUCCGACAAUAUGGAGGGCCACCUCCACAAAAUGAUGCGCCACAACCAGCGCCAUCUGCGCCGCCUCCAGGGGGCCCUACCGGCCGACCAACAUCUCCACCCAUCACGCAGACCGAACUUGAAAGGCUACAGAUAAUCGUGCGACGCAACCCUGAUGAUUACAAGACUGCACUGAGACUUGCAAAGAAGUACGUCGAAGCCUCGACGCGGCUGAUCGGCGAUGAAGGCAAAGUCGACCCAAAGACUCGCGCUAGAAAUAAGGACAAGUACAUUCACGAUGCAUAUAAGAUUGUGAAAAGACUGGUUAACGAUGCCUUUCCGGAUGCCAUGUUCUACUUGGCAGAUAGCUAUGGACAUGGGGGUUUAGGACUGCAAGCUGAUCCAAAAGAGGCUUUCCAACUAUAUCAGUCAGCUGCCAAAGCGGGCCACGCCGAGGCGGCUUAUCGAACAGCUGUGUGCUGUGAACUUGGUCAGGAAGAAGGCGGUGGCACGAGAAGGGAUGCCUUGAAGGCUGUACAAUGGUACCGACGUGCGGCAGCACUUGGAAACACGCCUGCAAUGUACAAAAUGGGAAUUAUUCUUUUGAAGGGAUUGCUUGGGCAGCAAAAGAACCCCCGGGAAGCUGUAACGUGGUUGAAACGCGCAGCUGAUGGCGCAGAUGAAGAGAACCCGCAUGCUUUACAUGAAUUGGGUCUUAUGUACGAGAGUACAGCUCAGUCCGAUUUCAUCAUUCGUGAUGAGGCUUAUGCUCGGGAACUGUUCACGCAAGCCGCUGAACUUGGCUACAAAUUCUCCCAAUACCGCCUAGGCGCUGCAUACGAGCAGGGCCUCAUGGGGCUGCCGAUCGAUGCGCGCAUGAGUAUUAUAUGGUAUACUCGCGCUGCCGCCCAGGGUGAACAUCAAUCCGAACUCGCACUGAGUGGAUGGUACCUUACAGGUGCGGAUGGAAUCCUCCAACAAAGCGACACUGAAGCCUACCUAUGGGCCCGCAAAGCGGCAGCUGCAGGAUUGGCAAAGGCCGAGUAUGCCAUGGGAUAUUUCACCGAAGUUGGAAUAGGUGUCCCAUCGAAUCUGGAGGAUGCGCAGCGGUGGUACUGGCGAGCUGCUUCGCAAAACUUCAACAAAGCCCGCGAGCGCCUAGAAGAACUCAAAAAGGGAAGCGGUCGUAUGCAAAAGACGCGCGUGUCGCGAUCAGCGGUUGCGCAACAACAGCAGCAAGGUGGCGACUGUAUUGUUAUGUAG